AUGUUCCCCCAGUUCACUGCCCUCCAGACCCAGCUUCCCCAGUUUGCUCCCCUUUGUUCACUCCUUGUUCAUGUGCCUCCCCCAAACCACAUCCCAACCCUCUCGCCAUCUCCUCUCCCCCAGCCUUGUGCCCACCUAAUCUGCUGCCCCCCACCCCUCUGCCCCCAGGACCUCAAGGGCCAGUACUGGACGGACGAUGACUCCGACGGGGACAAUGAGUCCGAGGAGUUCCUCUACGGCGUCCAGGGGACCUGCGCCGCCGACCUGUACCGGCACCCGCAGCUGGACGCCGACAUCGAGGCGGUGAAGGAGAUCUACAGCGAGAAUGCCGUGGCCGUCAGGGAGUACGGGACCAUCGAUGACGUGGACAUCGACCUGCACGUGAACAUCAGCUUCCUCGAUGAGGAGGUGGCGACGGCGUGGAAGGUGCUGCGGACGGAGCCCAUCGUCCUCCGCCUGCGCUUCUCCCUCUCCCAGUACCUCGAUGGCCCCGAACCGUCCAUCGAGGUGUUCCAGCCGUCCAACAAGGAGGGCUUCGGGCUGGGUCUGCAGCUGAAGAAGAUCCUGGGCAUGUUCACAUCCCAGCAAUGGAAACACCUCAGCAACGAUUUCCUGAAGACCCAGCAGGAGAAGCGGCACAGUUGGUUCAAGACGAGCGGCACCAUCAAGAAGUUCCGCGCUGGCCUCAGCAUCUUCUCCCCCAUCCCCAAGUCUCCCAGCUUCCCUGUUAUCCAAGACUCGGUGCUGAAGGGCAAACUGGGCAUCCCUGAGGCUCGUGUGAACCGCCUGAUGAACCGCUCCGUGUCCUGCAUGGUGAAGAACCCCAAGGUGGAAGUUUUCGGCUACCCCCCCGCCAGCACCCAGGCAGGUGUUGCCCCCUUCAACAUCCUGGUCGGUGGCCACUGCAAGAACAUCCCCACGCUGGAGUACGGCUUCCUCGUCCAGAUCAUGAAGUACGCGGAGCAGCGGAUCCCGACGCUCAACGAGUACUGCGUGGUGUGUGACGAGCAGCACGUCUUCCAGAAUGGCUCCAUGCUCAAGCCGGCUGUGUGCACGCGGGAACUCUGCGUCUUCUCCUUCUACACCCUGGGCGUCAUGUCGGGCGCGGCUGAGGAGGUGGCCACGGGUGCCGAGGUGGUGGACCUGCUGGUGGCCAUGUGCCGCGCUGCCCUCGAGUCCCCUCGCAAGAGCAUCAUCUUCGAGCCUUAUCCCUCCGUGGUGGACCCCAACGACCCCAAAACUCUUGCCUUCAACCCCAAGAAGAAGAACUACGAGCGGCUGCAGAAGGCCCUGGACAGCGUGAUGUCCAUCCGGGAGAUGACCCAGGGAUCCUACCUGGAGAUCAAGAAGCAGAUGGACAAGCUGGACCCCCUGGCCCAUCCCCUCCUGCAGUGGAUAAUCUCCAGCAACAGAUCCCACAUUGUCAAGCUGCCUCUCAGCAGGCAGCUGAAGUUCAUGCACACCUCCCACCAGUUCCUCCUGCUCAGCAGCCCCCCGGCCAAGGAGGCGCGGUUCCGCACGGCCAAGAAACUCUACGGCAGCACCUUCGCUUUCCACGGCUCUCACAUUGAGAACUGGCAUUCCAUCCUCCGCAACGGACUGGUCAACGCUUCCUACACCAAACUGCAGGUACCGCUCCGCUCCACAGGCCAGAAACACCCCGGAGUGGAAACGCUCACGGCUCCGAACGCCUGA